UAAAUAUGGCGUCACAGGAGGACGAUAACAAACUUGAGAGUAAAUCAAAUGUAAACAAAGAUCAAGAAAGAAACUUUAUAAAUGUGUAUAAGGUGAACAAUUAAAUUUUUGUGCUUUUUGCACAUUAGUUUAUUUAAUUUUCGCAUGAUUAUUGUGAAGGACAGUGUGUUGUUCAAUUUUCGCAUGGCCGCCAUGUUCCAUUAAGAAAUUUUCUGAAAAUUGAAGAGUUUGGCCAGUUUUGAGAUGUUGAGACAAAAUUGUUGAGUGCAAAUUGAUCAUGUUUGGUGUAGACUGUGUUUUUGUUGGAGUGCCUCGAAUCAAAUGGAACCUAGUUCCCGACAGUUCUGUUGCUAGAGCUGGAGAUUUGUUUGUUUAAUUGCUUGUUCCUGUGUUUCCAUCCACGAUGAGUUCUAAAUGCCAGGGAGUGAACGACUUUACACCGUUUAAAAAAUUUGAGUAUAUUUUGAAAAGCAAAAUUGAACCGUUCUCUAAGAAAAUUGAGUCACUUAUAGAAAUAUGGAAAAGUCUAGGCCAGUGCAAUCAAGAAAAUUCAGACAUUGGAUACAUUAUUCAGAUAAUGGAUUGGGCAAAGUUGCACACACUAAAUAUUGUCUUGACGGGAAAAUGGAAAAUGUUCAAAGUUGAUUUUGAAGCAAAACUUUUGAAUGAAGUGGAGAAGACUCAGAAUGAAUUGAUGAAAAUAAGUGAUGUGUUUUCGAAGAAGUUUCAAAAAUUAUCUGAUGUCAUCAAGAAUCCUUGGGAUGACCCAGUUUUAGCCAAUUUAUUACAUGACAGCAAUGCAACUAUCGGUCAAGAUGAAAUUGAAUUUUUCUGUGUUGAAACUGCUUAUUUAGUUUCCGUUCGUUUGAAGAAAUUAUGCGAGUCCCAGUGUGAAGAUUUAGCUCUGAAUUUAGUUACGGCGUUUAUGAACUGUUACAAUUUAUCUCAAACCCAGAAUUUCAGUUUAAAUGCCACAAAAACCCACAUACUUUUUUGUUUUGACAUCCACGUUGCGUUGCUUUACAGGUAUAAUAGAAGAUCGGAAAUAGUUGCAUUGUUUAAGAAACUUAGCUUGGAGGAAGGUUUACAUUUGAUACGUCGAUUUGCGAAAAAACGUGUCAAGAUCUCAAAAGUUUGGCGAAAUUACCCUGAAAUAACAUUUCUGGCGUCUCAAGUGUUUGUUACUGCUGCUGUUACAAAACCAAUUGAAGAAAGUGGUGAGCUUUUAAAGCUACUUCUCGAUUCGUGGAUUGCAUUCAGCAUAGAACACUCAAUGGUUGAAAAAGUUGAAGUAUCGGUUCGUCGUAUUAUUCAAGCGGCUACAGCCGCACAACAUAUUUACAUCUGUUGCGAAAUAAUCCACGACAAGUUUGGUUUGAAGUUGCGAACGUUCACGAUUGAGCUGUACAUCAGGGCAUUGACAACGGAUAUGAACAAUUUGGAAUCUCAAAAAACCGAAAACGAGACCGAGAAGGUUGAAGAAACGACGAAACGUCUCGCGAACGGUUUUUCUAAUUUGGCGGAUAUUUUGAAGGACAAUGUUCAAGUUAGUCGAGAGUGUGCUCUUACCGCUUUCAGUCUGGAACCUACCCUCGAUCGUCUGCGAAAAAUCGAAGAAUUGGCGAAAUUAUCCGGUUUUAAUGUGCUAGACACGGGUCAAAUUUGGGAAUGUAAAUUACACCCACCGGUCACGUCCGCGGACGAAAUCUCGUGGAUUUGUAACGCUUGCGGGAAGUGGAUGUGUAAACCAAAUCUCGAUUUACGCUUAACAACAAAUUUUGCUCUCAACGAGGCCUUGAAUUUUGAACAAUUGGGUAUUUCGUCCCAGCUUUGUGAUGAUCUAGCUGUUGUUUUGAACGGUCCGAGGUACCACUUAUUAAGUUGGUUGUUAAGGUGGGAAGAUCUUCACAGAUUGUGUGAAAUGUACUUAAAUGAUAUGGAACGUACUAAAAAUCUUGUAACUGAACUGAAAUUUGUCGAUAUUGAUUAUUCAAUGUUCGCUGGUGUUAAACGCGAACCGGUCGACGAAUUGGCGGGUAUUGAGAGGGGCUACGAACGGUUUCUUUAUGCCGAUGAGAAGUUCGUUGAUAUGAUUGAGAAUUGUAAUCCCGAACCACCACCAGAAGUACCCCAAACGAAAUCUGAUCCCAACACUUUGAAAUCGUUGAGAAUGUUUAGACAUAAUAUUAAAAGGAAUAAGCCUCAGGUGUCACAAAAUAUUUUAGAAAGCAAUAAUUUAGCAAAUAGUUCGCAAAAUUUAAAUAGAGAAAAUAAUUGGUCUCCUGACCAUCGCUUCGACCAAAGUUUAUCAUUCAAUCCACCAAAUUCAUUCCAACCAAACUUAAAUGGAACGUUCUCACACAAUGCGACAUCAAGAAGUUAUUCCGAAGUGUUUUUCAAUCACUUGACAUCAAACACACAGUUUAAAAAAAGUACAGAUGGUGCUGUUGACUAUUCAACAACUACAGGAUGCAAUAAACAAUCCAGAGACGUUCUAGAUUUUCGAAGUAGCAUUAAAAGAAAACCAUCUGAAAAUAUCGACAAUGAAAAUUAUCAAAAAUUUGCGAAUAACUACAUCAACUCAUCCAGUGAUAAUUUUUUACAUAACAUGAUCUCGUAUGAAUUUUCACGAAGCAAUUCUGAACCAAAACGAAAUCAAGCAACGGAUUUUUAUCACCAGAAACCAAAUUUUAUCCCGACUUCAAACAUGCCGUUUCAAAACGAUUCUAUCAAUUUAAUAAAACGAACACAAGCAAAAAACGAGCGAAGUGAUAAAACUCUACCUCAAUCAAAUGGCUUAAGACACGACGUUAUUCCACACAAUUCAUUUGAGAGAAGCCCGUCCCAGAAUAAGAAUUUUUUAAUUUCGAAUAUGAGUUACAAAAAUAAAGAGGAUAUAGUUUUAGCGCCCAGUAAAGGUUUCCCUAGUUUCGAUAAAAUUCCAGCACCGAUAAUUAAUGACAAAACCGAUAAUAAGUCUCAGUAUUUAAAUGAUUUGCAUCUUCAAGUUUUGGGCAAUAAUGGAAAUGUUCAGCUACCAGAAACUUCUCUGGAAGAGUCGAAUAAUAAAAGAACAAACACAGAGGAAUCGAAAGGCGUGCCAGAGAAAAAACUAAGAAUUGAUGAAGUUACGUCACCUCCAAAAAACGGGUUAUCGUCAAUACUUGAAAAAGAAUUGAAUAAAAAUAAAAUAAUAAAAGAGUUGCUAUCAAAAAACGACUUACCGCCAAAAAACGGGAUUUGCAACAAUGUGCAAACUUCGCCACCUUGUCAGACACCACGACCAAAAAAUGGAAUACACAUAGAAACAAAUGAACAUAAGAUGUUGCUCAAACUCUCUGAGCAACAUCCAAUAAUCAUAACAAAAAUUGAUGAGGAUUCAUCAAGUGAAACUAAAAGUGAUAUUAGUGAAGAGACUGUUGUAAAAAUCGAUGACUUUCAAGAGGAAUAUCCCAAAGACUGCCAAUCGGAAAAAACCAAAAACAAUGCCUAUCCUUAUAAGUAUAAAGAGAGACCUAAGUGGACUAACCCCAAAGAAUUAAAAAUAAUCCUCCACCGGUUAUCAGACGAAGUUAUCAAAAGUUUCAUCCCGGGUUAUUCGGACACGGAUACAAAAAAUUGCAACUGCGAUACAAAAAAUUGCACCUGCAACUACACAACCAAGAAGAAGCAUGUCGGAAGGCCACGUAAAGUCAUGUGUUGCAAAUAUCGAAACUUCGAAAGACUAACCUACGAUAAGUAUUCGGUAAGGACGGUUAGACGGCAUAAUAGUGAUAGACUUAGAAGAAUUCGUUCGAGAAAUAUGCGACGUGAUUUAGCAAGAAAGACUGGCGAUAAACUGAAAAGGUAUAAAUAUUAUAGACACGACAGGGCGAAGAAACCGAAAAAACACAGUGAUAAAAACAAGAAGAAAUUCAACAUCCCGAGGAACGACAUGAACCCACGUGUAGUCCUCGAAAGACUACCCCUAGAUACGAAUUACGUCCGAAGUGUUUUAUCAAAUGUCCCUGGUUUAAAUGAUUAUGAAAUGAUUAGGCCAACUAAUGUCAAUCAUAUUGUAAAUGUGGUACAAAUUUCCGGAGGACGAUCAACUUCGACUGGUCCUGUACAAAACACACAAACAAGUACCCAAAUUACCCCACAUAUACAAAGAAUUGGACAACCACGAUCUGAUAAACCCGAACAUAAUUCAAAUUCUGAACCAACGACGACAUCAACACCAGCGUCAACUUCAGCAACUAAACCGACAACUUCACAACCAUCAACUCUUAUCAAUAUUCUAUCGCAACAAAUAAUUCGACCGGGUCAAAGUAACUGUAUCAGAAAUCGUUCCUCACCCCUUAUUAAUAUUCUUUCGCAACAAAUUAUAAGACCUGCGACAACACAAAAUAAUAAAGUGUCAACACAAUCCGAAGGACAGGCUAAUACACCCAAAACUGAUCAGUCGAAUUUAGAAGAAACCAAAACUGUGACUACGACUACUAAAACUACAACAAAUACAACAUCUAGUGGUCAAGGCACCAUUUUACAGUUUAUUUGUAAGUCGACAUUACCGAAAUUCCAACAAGCUUUCGGUAAAUCCGUUUAUCAGAACAAUACUGAAACCAGUGAAGCGUCUAGUACGAGUACUGAAACGGUAACGAACGCUGAAACGAAUAAAAAGACACCAACAACGAAAAACUCCUCUGUUAAUAUUCAACCGAUUCAAGGUGGUGUGAUAUAUACGCGUCAAAUGCCAGUGGGACAAACAAUAAAUUUGAUACCACCAGGACGUGGACAAGUGUUCCGAAUCGCAACGUCAAAUUCGGACCAAAUAUCACUAGUGAAAGACACGGUGAUUCACAGUAAAAUGAGUGCGUUACUAGCUGCAGCGUUACAAGGAAAAACAAAAGAUGGCCAAUCUGAUGGUGAGAGUACAAAUGAAGAAACAGUCGGUACUAGAGUAACAGUAACGCGACCCACUUUAGUACAAAAUGCCCGAAUUGUUAAACCUGUAUUACAAAUCCCUUCUAACGUCAUACGCACAAGUCCUCAAUCGAAUCUAAGUUCAACAACUUUAGAACAAUUGAGAGAAUUCGACAUGGUUUAUAAACAAAUCAAGGAACGAAGUAGUACAAACACACCUUCGGAACCCAACACGUCUGAAUCGAACGAAACCCCACAGAAAAUCAGUGUUACAUAUCUGAAUCAGGGCCAGAAAUACACUCAAUUAUCACCAGUGGUCGUUGUUAGUAGUUACUGUAAUUUGCAACCGGCUGCUUCACCUGCACUUAGUGUUACAUCGCAAGGCAGUUCUAGUCCUUGUGUAACACCAGCGCCGGCCCCCUCAAUCCCCAAAGUCUCCUCAAAAAGUUCCAAAGGCAAAACGGUGAAAAACACGACGACUCAAGCAUCAAAAGCGUCACCGAUACCGAAACCACAACAAAAACCACAAGAAGAUGAACAUACAACGCAACGAAUUUUCGAUAUUUUAGCCGAAUAUGCGGAACAAUUGAGAAAUUCACCGGAUUUGAAUAACAAACCGGCACCGAGACGACGUUCGAAUCCACCGACUAACCCAAAUCAGAAUUCCAAACGGAAAAAAAACUCCGGAUCGAAAAAAAGCGGACAGUGCAGUAGUAUGGUAUCAGAGGCGGAUAUUGAAGAUCAUAGAACAGUAGGUAGUGAAGAUAGUUCGUGUGGGGUUGUACAAAUUUCAAUGCAAGAAGACGAGCAAAGUCACGUACAAACUGUCACAACUGAAUCAAAUGAUAGUUCAUCGGGAUCGAGACAACAAUUGAUUUUAACCGAUGCUGGUAAUAAUCAAACCCGGAAUUUAAUAAUUGCGGAUUCGAGUGUUGGGGAAGCUUUAAAAAUGCCAAAUACGGCCGUUUUGGUACCCGGAAAUUACAUAAUGCCAGUAUCGAUGGUCAAAGGGGGCCAACAAAUUGCUGUUGUUUCCGGUGGGAGCAAAAUAUUGGCUACUGUACCGGCACGAUCUGGUCCUAAUAUGCUCCUUUUUCAAAGUUUUUUGAACCAAAAUAGAAACAAAACAGCUGUUCCAACUGUCAAGUAUUCGACAAUUCAACCAAUUUCGGGAAUUUCCUCACAAAGUUUAGCUGGAGUUAGUGGACAACCUCCUGUGAUACUACCACCGAAUUCUCAUAACUUGACUGCUGUCACACUUGGACAACCACUGACUUUGAAAAAGAUAGAUGAGAGUGAUAGGGUUAACACUGAAUUGUUGUUGACAAUUUCGCAACCAAAGGAUAACGCAAAUAAUUCCACGGAAUCGGGGAGUCAUCCAGAUAGUACUAGUACUGUAGGCAAUAUCGAGUUAGAAGAAACUAUAGUUCAAGAAAAUUCAGAGAAAGUUUUUCAUACGUAUCAGAAAUCGUCAACUACACCAAUCGCCACUCCGGUUAUAGCUCAGACUUCAUGUGUGAAGGAAGAACAAAAUACACCGGAGAGUAACAAAAAUGAACCAGGAAAAACAUUAGAAAGGGUUCAAUCAGUAUUAGUUACCGCGUGUACUUCAAACGGCCCUAUGUUGUCGCAUACGCCUCCAAGAUACCGCAAAUCAUCAGAAUCAGCAGGUACAAAUAAUGAACCUUCUAACAAGGAGGAAUUUUUACAUAAUGGGGAGAAGCAAAAUAAUAACGAACAGAAGCAAUUCCAAGGCAACGCGACUUAUUUCCAAAACAAGACUAAAAAAGCAAAUAAUCCGCAACGACUCGACCGCGAAAUGCACCAAUUGUGUUUGCAGAGAAAACAAGCGGCCCUUGAACGCGAAUUACGUCUACAGAAAUCAUUAUCUGAGGAAUGUGAAGAUUUGGGUGUGGAUGAGCCAAGUACGAGUGAUUUGUUUCCAGAAGCGGAUAUAUUAUUUGAUGCGAAUCAUUCACCAUCGUUCGAUCAGUCGUCUCAAGAUUUAGUGAAACGUGCAACUGGUCAAGAAAAAGAAGAGAAUAAGUCUGGAAUGACUUUAUUUAGUGAUGAUGAUAAUUCUGGUUCGUUGCGGACCGAUUUUUUAUUUGAAUCAGUUGAGUAUCAACAAACUGGAACUGAAUUAGAGUAUGAACAAAACCAACAAUUGACAAAUGGUCAAAGUAGUGCUAGUAACGAAUCGGGAUCGUCGUGUGAGGAUCACACAUUGUUGCAAAAUUGUGCGUCGAUGUCUGACGUGACGCUGAAUUCGCCAGUCUCGUCCGAUCCUUAUCAUGAAAACACGCCACCAUCGUUGAACAAGUAUAAAUUCAAGUACAGUAAUCGCCGAAAAGGGGAACGCAAUAAGAAUUCCGAGACAUGGACGGUGGAGAUAUCGAGUUCGGAAGAUACGACUGGAAGCACCGAUUUGGGUAAAAGCUCGAGUCAUAGUCCCGAAUCGUGCAUCAAUAAGCAAAGUCAUAGUGUUAGUUGCGAUGAAGAACUGAGUGAUGGAGGCUACAAAGUCGUCCGAGUGGCAAUAUCGAAAAAUGAUUUGAUUAAAGAUGAGGAAAGCUGUGAAGAGUUGCAUUGUGAAGACGAUUUGGAUUGUUCACCAAGUGGUAGAGGUGCUAGACGCAGUGUUAAAAAAAUGUGUUCUUGUUGUAAUGGCUCUCAAGAUGGCGGCGCUUCGAGAAAGAGACCAGCAUCAAGACCUCAUACGCCGGCUCCGCACAAGAAGGCCUUCCUUAACAAGAAAAGAUAGUGCACACGUGUAUAGCAUGAUAUUUAAGUUAAAAUUGUUAGUUGUUUCUGUUAACUAGUCGAGCUAUCGAGUGGUUGCACUUUAGUACAAAUUAUCUGACAGCCGGUGGUGUAGCGUCUGAUGAACAAUUUAUUAUUAAUUACUUGUAUAGUAAUUGCUACGUUUGCAAUCUUUUAGUACCUCUAACUGUAAAUUUUCCUUGUAUAUGUAAAAUAUUUAAAUUACAUGUGCAGUUUGUCGUUGUAUAUAAGUAAUCUAAUAGGUCUAUCAGUAAAGAUGAUACAAUUUAUUGCAUUGUGCAAAUAAGAAUUAAUUAGUACAUAUUGCUCUUUUUCAUUAUUUAAAACUGCAAUAAGUUCACACGUAUUUCAGUUCUUUUAUACAUUGUUAAAUUAUGUCUUAUCGGGAUUAUUUCAUAGGUAAUGUUAGUUCUUGAUAGACAAAAAUAUUGUGUAUCUUUUAUUUUUGCUUAUAGCAACUAGAGUUAGUAUUCAAUUGAGAGUAUUUUAUUUCGGUUUUUUCUUUUUUGUUAAUAUUUAUGUACUCAGUUGUCAAUCGUAAAAAAUAAUUCGUUUAUAGAAAAACGAUUUGUAUGUUUUUCAUUACCGUAUUUUUUCCAAUAAAUGUUCUUAUAAAUUUUU